AUGCGCCUGGCUCCGCCGCCGCCCCCAACAACGGCCUCAAACAGACGAUCUUCCAGUCGCUUCCGAGGUUCACUUACGACUCCUCCACCAGCCACUCCACCACCGGCUGUUCCUCCACCUGCACCGCUUGCUGCUCCACCUGCUCAGGUUCCGGCCCCAGCUUCGCGCAAGCAGCCAACAUCUCCGUCGCCGUCGCCGUUAGCAGUGAGUCCUCCGGCACCGCCGACGGCAGCACCAGCGCCGACCCACGGGGGGGCUACAUCGCCUUCACCAUCUACUCCCGAAACGAGAGAGAGACUAGUGCUGAGAGAGGGAAGAGAGCCCUAUGAAAAGAGUUACUAUGAGCUUUGUGAAGGAGUUACUACGAGCUUUGUGAAGGAAUCUGACUUUGAAAAAAGCACAUGGGGGCUCUAUAUAGAAUCCAAUGAUGAUAUCAAGUAUACGAGUCCUGAGCAUCUUGAAACUGGGGCCCAUAAGGAUCUUGAUUGGUUGAGCCUUUCAGAAGAGUCUGAACCAUUUGAACCUUCUUCUGAACUGGCUUCAUCAGAUUGUGACUUGGCUUGGGCCAUGAGUAGGCGAGCUAUUUGGAGAAGCUCAUCUUUGAAUGACUUGGACUUGACUUUGGGCUUAGCCUGA